AUGACUAUCUUACAAGCCCAGUCCGCAUUGUUGGAAAGUCUCCCAGAAAAAAAGACGAACGACUGGCGCGACGAUUUCCACGCGAAUGGCUACGUCGUAAUCAAAGGCGCGAUUUCGGAGGACCGCGCAAAGGCCUACCAACAGGAAGCCUUCAGCUGGCUCAAAUCCUUUGGCACAGAGCUUGAUAUCAACAAUCCCGACACAUGGAGAAAGGAAAACCUACCGAUCCAAUCGAAGAUCAACUCCUUUCCGAACUAUGCAGUGAUGCACGAGAAGUUCUUCUGGGAAGCACGACAAGAGCCCGGAGUGCUCGAGGCAUUUUCCAAGCUUUGGGGAACCGAUGAACUAUUGGUCAGCUUUGAUAGUCUGAAUAUUACAUUCCCCAACCGCAAAGAUAUUCCGCCACCGGCUGCCUGGCAGCAUGUUGACCAAAGUCCUUUCCGAAAGGGCCUGCACUGUGCCCAGGGGAUUAUCAAUCUCUCUCACGCCGGCCCUGAAGACGGGGGAUUGAUUGUUUACCCUGGAUCUCAUAAACUGUUUGAACGAUUCUUCGAAACCCAAACUGACAAAGACACCUGGAGUAAGAAAGAUUUAUACUUGUUCAAUGAUGCCCAGUUGGACUGGUAUGGCAUCCAGCCUUACAAGGUCUGCGCUGAGCCGGGCGAUCUCAUAUUGUGGGAUAGUCGUCUCAUCCACUAUGGAGCCGAACCGACGGAGAAGAGUGAUGUGAUUCGCACUGUUAUCUAUGCGUCUUAUACGCCGGCUAGCUUUGCUUCCAAGGAAGCCCUGGCCACGAAGGCGGAGAUUUUCAAGCAGUGGGGUGGGACCACUCACUGGCCGCAUGACAAUAUUGUACCUAGAGAAAAAAGGGCUUUUAGAGAGGAUGGUACUCCGGAUCCUAGGAACCGUGAGGAGCCGUUGAACAAGCCUGAGUUGACUGACCAGUUGCUGAAGUUGGCUGGCGUAAUGCCCUAUUGA